AUGUGGAAAUGUACAUUCCUAAUACUCUUCAUAGCCUCUACAUACGCUCAAAUUCGGAAACGUGAUGCAAUUUGUGUCAUGAGUGACUCGAAUUCGUGCCAUGUGGACCAUCUCAUUCCUUCAAAGCUUGAUAGGAGUACCGUCAUUUAUCCAGGGGGUGCCACUCGGUGUGCCUACGACGACUUUUUCAAUGCAAAUGUCAAUUUUACAACGAAUUCGACAUACUUUUUUCAAGUCUUUCCAGCUCCAAGUAAAUCCAAACUCAUGCUGUAUUUUCAAGAUGGUGGUGCCUGCAUUGAUGACUUGACAUGUGCCUUUGGGCUUCAAUGUAUGUACGAGACAUUUGGCCCAAAUGCUCAACCCUCAAGCACUGGGAUUCUUAAUCGUUCCAACGAGGAGAACCUUUUUAAUGACUAUAAUAUUGUACACUUGCCGUACUGUACCGGGGACCUGCAUCUAGGUGACCACGUGACGACGAUCCCUGAUAGCCCACUAUACGCUCUGCUCAACAAGCCUGAAUGUCAGGGUCAUAACAUGACUCUACAUCAGGUUGGUUUUAGAAAUACAAAAGCUGUGCUGGACUGGGCGGUGGAAAACUACCCGAAUCCAGACGAGAUUAUUAUUAGUGGCUCAAGUGCUGGAGCUCUGGCUGCCCAGGCUCUUAGUGCUUUAGUCGCUGACGUCUGGCAAGUCGAAGAAAACGAGAUCCGCUACUCCGUACUUGCCGACAGCUAUGUUGGUGUCCUGCCCAGCCACUACAGUGCUGGUAAACUCAUUUCAUACUACGGCACAUGCGAGCUGGACUUGAAGAUGACGCCUGAGCUCUGGGAUCAAUGUGGGGAUGACAACGAGCUGACUGUGGCGGAGAUGAUGUCUUUUAUGAUCGAAGACGUGCCAGCCGCCCAGUGGCUGUUCUUGAACAGUAUGUACGAUAAAACUCAGCGUUACUUCUACGAAGUGGUGUUAGAGGGCAUUCUUGGCUACCCGUUUACCAACCUCAUUAGUGGCGAGGACUUCUACUCGAACAUGACCGCUAUCAUCGACGUGUACAAGGAUGUCAGCGACGAGGUCUCAACGUUCUACGUGAACAGCACUCAGCACGUUUUUCUUACAGUAAAUGACUACUACCAUAACGCUACCCGUAGUCCCGGAGAAAUACUUCUGGGCGACUUUCUCGCGAAAUGGUUGGUGACCGACUCGUCCCUUGACGUCGAUGCCGCGGAUGGAUCACUGUCCGCAAAAAGCAGCGUCGAUGAACCGGGCGAGUCGGCAGCCGUAGGCCUCGACAGUGCCCUGUUACUGACAGCAGUGGCCGUGUUCGUUUCAAUGCUUUUCCAGUAA